AUGUUUUAUGAAUUAUCGCAAAAUAAUUCAGAAGUUUUUUUGACACCCACGGUUAAUGAUAUAGUUAAUAAAAAGCUGCUUACUGCUAUAAGUAAAGACCGUUAUGAUAUCCUAGGACUUGAUCCUAGAUCUCUAGCUGCAGACUUUGACAGAACCCCUAUAUUAGGACCAAAGUCCAUGGAACGUUUAAGAGCUAGAUCCCAAGAAAACUUGCACAGGCGUGGCAGUUAUGAUACAGAUGUUUAUUACCCAAGGUUUUCAUAUUGUGAAAUUUCAUCACAAUUUAAUGUUACUGAAAUUCAGGCUUUACCUGAUUUAACCACAUGUGCAAUAAACAAUUUAGAUUUAGUCAAGGAUGAUUGUAAUGACAAAUGCAGUGAAUAUGAAUCAUGAUCUAGUCAUUCAUCUAGAAGUGAAAAUGUCUCAGAAAAUGAUAAGGAAUUGGAAGAAGAAGGUGAAAUUCAAGUGAUCGCAGACCAGGAUAAUUACAAUGAUACAUGUGUUAAUGAUGUAAUUAAAGUAUGGAGAAAUUCAUUAGUAUUAAAUGAGCCUCAAGAAUCAGAAACAUGUGAAUCAGAUGAUAUACAAACUAUGGAAGAGAGAAUAUCACAUAUACUCAAAGAGGAAAUAAUACUAACACUUGAUGAUAGUAUUGAUAAAAACAUAUUAUCAGGAAAGCUACCCAAAUUUGAAAGUGACAAGACAAAGGUAGAUACAGUUGGAAACAAGAACAAAAUUCUAAAAUUAGAAAAAAUCAUAACAGAUGAAAAAAAAAUUUUUAAUUCUAACGAUAAAAAUGUAAAUGAACUAAAGAAGAUUCGAACUCUUCUUGGAAAUCGUUCCAAUAACGGACAAAUGCAAACGUUAUUAGCAAAUUCACCUCAACAGAUGUUUAGAAACAAAGGCACUGUAUUAUCGGUGGAGUUUGCCUAA